AAAUGGUCGCAUUGUCGCAGGUCAGAGGCCAAAAUAGGUGGAAUUCAAAGCCUGUUUUGUCAGAGAAAAACUUACAUAUGAAUAACAAAGGGAGUCAGAACGUUGCUACCUGCAAGCCUGUCACUACAUUUGUCCAAACCGACACCAACACUUUCAGAGAAAUUGUGCAGCGAUUGACAGGUCCAUCAGAGAACAACUCUGCAGUAGCGCCACCAGAAGCAACAGUGAUAAAAACCGUCAUACAAAAGAAGCCAACUUCAAAGCUCCAUGAGAGAAGGCAAUGCAUGAGGCCAAAGCUUGAAAUUGUCAAACCUCCUCUAAGCUUUAAGCCCACUGAAGGGGAGCCAGAUAGUUGUACAACAAACAUUGAAGAAGAGGGGAAAGCCAUUAAAGAAGAAGAGGAGAAAGCCAUUAAAGAAAGACGCUUUUACUUGCAUCCAUCGCCAAGGUCUAAACCAGGGUAUACAGAACCAGAACUGCUUCCUUUGUUUCCUUUAACUUCUCCCAAUUCAAGUGGCAAACCNAGAUUUAGUACAUGA